UGGAAUGCGGGAAUCACCGCCAGCCGCGCUGCUCUUGUUCGAGCGCCAUAUUCGUCAUGCGGCCUCGCGGCUAGCCUUGCGCGAUUACCCGCAGGCUCCUCCUCGCGGCCACUGGUUUGACUGCUCGAGGGCCGGUAGCUCUUAUUGGCCCUGUAAUGAACUUCUGCUCAAUAGUACAUCUUUACAGCUCAAUAUUAAAACUAUCGACGAAGAUUCUGUAAAUCUGGACAGGAAUGACACAACAACUGAGAUACCUCUAGUGAGAGUACUUACUGAGGAAGAAGAAAAUCUUAAAAAUCUAUACCGGACAGUGGUGCCAGUGAUGCUGACUGCUUGUUUCCUGUCCAUGAUCUUUAACUUGGUGAUUGUCAUCAGCGUGCGCUGGGUUAGACGUCUCUCACCGACACUUUAUCUCAGCCUGUCCCUUGCUGUUGCAGACGCUUACGCUUCUUUGGUCAUUGGAAUCGGUCUUGUCAUUAAUAGCUUACUGCCAACAGUUUACGGACUGACUUUGGGAAAUUUCAACCAUUGUUACAUAUUAGUACUGGAAGCUUUCAGGCUAGGCGGGAUGGUAAUUAUAGUUCUCCAUCUAUUAGCAUUAGCUGUGAAUCACUACAUAGGGAUUCUAAGACCUCUCCAUUAUGCUGCAACAGUUACACGUCGGUCUGCCAUGAUGGCCAUUAUUGGCAUGUGGUUGCUUCCCGUAGUGUUCUUCCUGUCUUACUUUUCCUUGGUUCCAAAUGACGGAUUUCAGUCUAAAUAUUGCUUAAGCGUAGACUUUCUCCUCCACGUUCCUUUCCGAGCGACAACGUCGGUGCUAUUUUUCGUACCUUUGAUCCUGAUGUCGGGCAUGUAUACGCACAUGUUUGUGCUGGUGCGUCAGCACCAGAGAGGAUUACAACAGUCCCCUUCCAGCAGACAGCUGCAUAAGAAUGUCAAAGCGAUCAUCACCACUCUUCUCAUUCUGGGAACAUAUGUUUUGGGCUGGAUGCCUGCGGUGCUGUUCUUCGUCCUUACAUGUCUAGAUUGCUCUGUUCCUUUCACAGAAAUACCUUUGUGGGUACGUGUUCCUGUUGGGAUCUUCACCAAUACAAUGAUCGUUAUCAAGUCCUUUGUCGAUCCUAUUAUCUAUGUGGUGCGUAUGCCUGAAAUAAAAAAUGCAAUGACCCUUAUUUGGAGGACACGCUGUGGAUUCCAGGCUACUGUGGACAGUGAACAGCCUCAGCAUUCUCGAACAGACAUCAACCGCCUGACGUUUCAGAUGACCACCAGGAAAGUCAGAAUCAACGGCAUGACACCAUGCUGAUUUUGUUUCGAUUACUUUUUAAACUUUUAACAAAUUUUCUAUAUGUGCCCCAACCUAAAAGUUCAUAAAUUAUAUUCUUUUUAUACUAAUGCAAGUUUUAAACUUUAAAAAACUGCAAAUUGUAUAUAUUUCAAGUUAAAGGAAAAUAUGUCUGUUGUUUAUUGUUAAGGAACAUGUUUUGUGAUGCAUUUUACUCUAAUCAUAAAGAAAUUUAAGCAAGAAGGAAUUACCUGUGUACAGGUAUGUAAAAUAUUUUUCGUGAGAUUUUAUGCCCGUUUUCUGACGUAACAUAUCUAUCUUCGUAGAUUGAUUUGGAAUUCUGAAGGUGUCGUAUUGUUUCCAUUUAUGAAUAUCGUGAGAGGUGUGCUUAAUAAAAUUAAUGUUGUUCGUUAAUGUGUCCCAUACUUAUUUGAGAUCCUAAUUUAUUAGAUUCAUUUUCAUCCAGACUAAUACAGGUACCUAAUUUAUUUAAAACCUGUUUUUUGCAUAUUAUAAAUUUGUUCAAACAUAUUCAGUUCCAAAUUAUUAAAGUUUUAUUACUCUAAUACUUUUUCGUUCGAAAAAAUACAAACGUUGCUUACCCAUAAAACAUAGUAUAUGUAAUUAUCUUUAUUUUAAGUAAUAAAUUAUAUAUUUUAUUAUUGUAAAUAAUGAUGAUAUUAAGAAAUGUAACGCAUUCUUGUUAUAUUUAAAAAAUAACGCAUUAUUUUAUUGUGUUUUCCUAUAACGCAUUGUACUGCACGAAGAUGUUAACAUUCUCAUAGUGCUUAAUUUUGAUUCAUCUAAUGUUUUAUACGCUCAAUGAUUUUUUAGAUAAACGGUUGUAAUUCUUUUUUUGCUGUAAUGUAAUUGCUAAAUAAUAAUUUGCUGUAAUAUAACUUACUGUAUUCUGAAGCUAAAUAUACAUUUGGGGUAUUCUAAUAGUAUAAUCAACACUGCCUAGUUCAUGUAUUUAAAAAAAAAGUGUGGUAUGAAAAAUUUUUGUAAUAAAUUU